AUGGCUUCGGAACUGAAAACGAACGAACCCAAUGUGGCUGUUUGGAGGGAGACUGUUACGGAUCUCACAGCGGGAGCGGCUGGUGGUGCUGCUCAGGUCUUGAUCGAUCUAGUCAAGGUCCGGCUACAAACCCAGAACGGAGGGAAUGCUUUGUCGACCACUCGCAACAUCUGGGCCAAAGAAGGACCUUUGGCAUUUUACAAAGGAACGCUUAUGCCGCUGUUGGGCGUUGGAGCUUGCGUCAGCAUUCAAUUCGGUGCUUUCCAUGGGAUCCGACAAGCCAUUGAGUUCUACAAUAAAGAUAGACGCCCAGGACAUGAUUCAACCCUAUCCUUAUCGCAAUUCUAUCUCGCCGGUGCAGGAGCCGGAGUAGCCACCAGCAUCAUCUCUGGUCCAGUAGAACAUAUCCGUAUCCGCUUACAAACGCAACCUCACGGCGCAGCCAGAAUAUACAACGGUCCCUGGGACUGUGCUCUCAAGCUCAUCCGUACCGGCGGCAUCGCCGGUAUCUAUCGAGGACAGGCGGUGACUCUCCUCCGAGAAAUCCACGGCUACGGAGUGUGGUUUGCAGCAUAUGAAGGCCUCGUGGGCAUUGCCAUGGACCGUCAACAGAAGAAACGCGAAGAACUCCCAAACUGGCAGAUCGCAUUAUGUGGAGGUCUUGCGGGGGAGGCGCUCUGGCUACUGAGUCACCCAUUGGACGUGAUCAAGAGCAAGAUGCAAAGCGAUGGAUUUGGGGCCGAGAAAAAAUACCGCAGCAUGAGAUACGCUUUUCGGCAUACUUGGGUCACUGGUGGCUUGAGAGGACUGUUUUAUGGCCUCGGACCGGCUCUUCUUCGGGCGAUGCCUGUGAGCGCGGGCACGUUCGCUACGGUAGAAAUGGUUCGGAAGUUUCUGGGUUAG